GAGUGCAGAUGAUCGUGGGCUCCUGCUAACAGCCUGCUGCAGUACUUCAUUUAGGACUUUAUCAGAUGGGACUUGUUGGGACUUGAUGUGUGUGGCAUGUUUCCCACCUCUUUCUGUGACUAUUGUUUGUGUUAUUAAUUUUACUAGUGCAGAAAGAUGGUUCGGAUGGAGGAGUGCAAAUCCAACUGAGAGUCAACUUGGUUCUUUAAAGAGCUUCUGUGCUGGUCGAAGAGAGAAAUGAAAUUCCUCACACUGGUAUUGUCUUUCCAUCUCUGAGUCAUCUGAAAUCAACGACCCCACACCAGCUGACCACCAUGAAUGCCUCCGCCGUGCCACUCGUCAACAACACCCCACUCUGCUACUCUGUCAACAGCCCUCCAUUCAAAUAUCACCCUACCAUCGCCUCGGCAUACUUCUCAUCCAUCUUCGGCACUUUGGGUCUCAUCUCCAAUCUCAUCGCCUUCAUAGUUCUCCUCAAGUCCUUCCAGCAGACACAUAGCCGCUCACGCUCCUUUUUCCUGAUCUUCCUGGGUGGCCUGGUGGUCACUGACUUCAUGGGUCUUCUGGUCACUAGCUCCAUCGUGAUCUCCUUCCAUGUUACGCACUUUAAUUGGCGCUAUUUAGAUCCAAACUGCCACUUCUGCAACUUCAUGGGUAUGUCCAUGGUCUUCUAUGGACUGUGCCCACUCAUGCUUGGUGCCGCUAUGGCUGUGGAGCGUUUCUUUGGCAUCAACCUUCCAUUUGCACGGACCACCAGCAUGCCCAAGAGACGGACGGUCUACAUGGUGCUGAUGGUGUGGUUGAUUGCAGGCGGCAUAGCUUUGCUGCCCCUAACGGGCAUUGGUAGCUACCACAUGCAGAUGCCCGGCUCCUGGUGUUUUUUCAACAUCAGCUCGGAGGGAAAUGAUCUGGCCUUCUCCCUGGUCUUCUCUCUGGUCGGGUUGAUGUGCAUCACUGUGUCAUUUUUGCUGAAUACGGUGAGCGUUGUGACCCUAAUCAGGGUGUGCUGCGGACAGGAUAGGACCCAGCGUCGCAGAGACUACGAAAUAGAGAUGAUGGUUCAGCUCAUCCUCAUCAUGGUCAUCGCUUCUAUCUGCUGGUGCCCCCUUCUGAUCUUUAUUGCACAAACUGUGCUAUCCGGACGUUCCCUCCAGAUCAAAUCCCUCCUGCUAUGGCUACGCUUUGCCACCUGGAACCAAAUCCUGGAUCCGUGGGUAUACAUCCUGUUCCGAAGAUCAGUUCUUAAGAGAGUCAACCCCCGCCUUGACUGGUCUCGGGGCUCCAUCAUGAGCUUGUACCCGUCUUUCACCGACACCGUCCGAAGGUUCACACAAUCUUCACUUAGGAUCACCCUGAGCCAAGGUGAAACAGAAGAGAUGCCACCUCCUACUCCGUGAUUGUUUGGAUUUGAGUUGUUGCCACAGACUGAGUGACAUCGUUGGGGUUAUUAGUAUGUGUUAGACUGUGUUUUCAAGCUCUGACGGAGUUUUCAUGUUAACUGUGACCAAGAUAAGAAGCAGGAUUGCACCAAUAUUUUGUUAUUUUAUUGCAUACCUUUGAAACAGUAUUAGCAAUGACACUUUCAUUUAGAGCAACGUUUAAAGAGAGAGACCACUAUACAGUGCACAGCAGUCACCUAAAAUAGAUUUAAAGCUAUCUACAUGGAUUGCCCUUUUCUACAUGUACUGUACUGUUCCAACUUUUUACAGUGUAUAUGGGCAUUCUGUGGUAAUUCAGGUGAUACUUCAUUCUGAUGGGGCAUGAUGCCUUUUAUGCUCAUGUACACUUUGUUCAGAUGCUCUUGAGUGUCACAUUAUCAUUUAAUUGUUUUUUCCAGCUCAUACUGUUCAUGUUUUGUUCCCUUUCUGAAAGUAUUUAGCUGGAUUUUGAAGGAAGAUGUGAAGUGAAGAUGCUUUAACAAAAAUGAAAUAUAGCUUAGACUGCCAGAGGCAUCCUACAUUAUUUCCAUUUCAAGAGUUUAUACAACACAUGACAAUGCAUGUGUUUUCUAUGUGUCAAAUGUUUUGAUAAUGCAUGCAAAUCAAACCAAACUUUCCAGACCCUUGAAAUGAUCAGUUAUUAUCUUUUUCAGAAUCCCUGAAUGGGACCCUCUAGUUCAGUCCUCAUGCUUGUCAUUAAGCGACACACACAGGUUUGGCAGAAGAAGAAAAAAGGAAAAUAAAGUGGAUGCCAAUGAGAACCUGAUUAUUGUACAAAUAUUUACGAAGACCCUGACAUUUUUAAGAUUAUGUUGUCAAUGAUAGAACAAUCCACUGUCAACUUCAGGCAGGCAAACAAAUAUGUACAGUAACAGUAUUAUUUUGAGAUGUAUUAUGCUGCAUGAAGGGUCAUAUCUACAUAAAUAGUUUGAAGUCGUUAUCUGCUAAAGAACAAGACUAUGUCAAAACCUAGUUAGUGUAUGGUCAAUGUGCUUAAUUGUGGCCAAAUUGUUACAGGAAUAUUCAGCGGUGGUGUCUCUAAUGUGAAUAUAAAUGAAAUCUUCAUCUGUAGUGGUCCAGUAAUACCUUUGUUUGUAUACUGAAGUAGCAUAUCAUAUGACAUGGUUAAGAUAAGUUUGACACAAAUAAUUGAGGACUGCUUUUCAACAUAAUGAUGUUAUUUUCAACAAGUUACUGUUCUGGAUUACUCAUUUGAAGUGUUAUGUGUAAUUAAUGUUGCUUUGUUAAACAGACCAGACCUAGAUUUCACCCCUUGACAUUUAUGAACCACAGCCUUAAAUAUUGGUCUUGAGGUAGUCUCGCUUUACCAAAUCUACCUCCGCAGCGCUGCGGAGGAGAGUCUGGCUAGUCCACACAGCAUUCCGAGAUGGGAGAAAAACGUGCUGUGGUUUAUUGGCAUUUCUUUAAACCAAUCACAAUCGUC